AUGAUGCAAACUUGGUUGGGGCCAAGUUCUGCCAAUCCUGUCCAGUGCAGGCCGAUCGUCUCGAGGGCGCCCAAGGACCGGCCGCGCGCAGCGCCGAGCCGGAGCCGCCGUGGGCCCCAUGCCACACUUUGGUCCAUGCUCGGUCGGGGCACGGUCGCCGCUACAGCGUUGAGGGCGCUGAAAAAGCUGGUGAUUGCGGAGAAGCCGAAGGUGGCCCAGCAGAUCGCAGCGGCCCUGAAGAUUCCAAAGGCUGCGAAAGGCCACUUCGAGGGGAAAGACUUGAUCAUCACCAGCGCUUGUGGCCAUUUGCUGCAACACAAGUCCUUGCCCUGGAUCACGAAGUUGCCGAUGUUCCCGGCCUUUGAUCUGGAGGUGCAGAAGGGAAAAGAUUCCUACUUAGCAGAGAUCAGAAGGCUGGCGAGGCAUGCCCAGGUCCUCGUGAACGUGUGUGAUGCUGGCAGAGAGGGUGAGCUGAUUUUUAGGCGCAUCCAAAAAUUCCUGGAUCUCGAGAAGAUGCCCUUUGAGAGGCUUUGGCUUCAAUCCUUGACCGCUGCGGCGAUCCGCCUUGCCAUGGAUAGCUGCCGUCCAGGAGAGGAAUACGACAACCUUGCGGAUGCUGCCGACUGCAGGGCGCGCUGGGACUGGCUUGUGGGCAUCAAUGGCACCGCCGUUUUGCGGAAAAGCAAGUGGCUACCUUGGAAGUGCAGCGUGGGACGAGUCAUGACUCCUACCUUGCUUCUGGUGGUCCAGCGUGAAGAGGAGAUUGAGAAAUUCAAGCCUGUCCCGUAUCAAGAAGUCAAAGCGACCUUCCGCACAGAGGAUGGUGACGCCUAUGAGGGAAAACACUCCACUCUCCAUCAGGCCCACGCGAUUGACUUCCACGCCACCCGUGAAGACUGGAUCGGCCUGGAGGGCGUCGUUUUGGAGGACAAGAGCGCAAAGUGCUUUGAAAAGCCACAGCCUUUGAUGAACCUGGCUGAUUUACAACGAACUUGCUCGAGGCUUUUCGGGAUGUCUCCUUCCGCCACCCUGCAGAGCGUGCAGAAGCUCUAUGAGUCGGAGAUGGUGACCUACCCGCGCACGGAUAGCCGUUGCCUGCCCAGCGACCACCAGAGCGUCGUGCGCGGCAUGCUGAAAUCGGCCGCGGAGCAAGAGGAAGGUCUCAUACCCCCUGAGUUACUUCUGAUUGCUUCGAAGGCAGUGUCGAGCGUGUCGGGGAUCUUUGAUGACGCGAAGGUGACGGAUCACUAUGCGAUCAUCCCCACGGACAAAGGCCUCCAGAAGGCCAAGCUGUCCAAAAGCCGAGACGCCCAGGUCCUUCGGCAAGUGGUGCGACACUUUGUGGCCGCCUUCCUCCCACCGGCGAAGUAUGUACAGCAACAUCGGAAAACUCGAGUGCGGGACUGCGUCUUCACCACCUCCGAGAAAGUGCUCGUGGAACCAGGCUUCAAGGCUUUGGAGAUGAAAGAGCCAAUGGUGAAGCCGAAGCUGCCUUCGCUGCUGAAGAAGGGCACGAAGGUGGUGCUCGAAAAGCUGAAGGUCACAGACCAGGAGACCAAGCCUCCCCCGCGCUACACCCAGGCUGAUUUGCUCACGGCCAUGGAGAAGUGUGGCAAGACUGUGGAGGAGGACUUGCAGGGUGCCAUGAGCGCAGGGAUUGGGACGUCUGCGACCCGGGCAUGCAUCAUCGACAAGGUCUUGCUGCAAAAGUGGGUGGUGCCGAAGAACGGCGCGUUGCAGCCCAGCGCCAUCGCCCGUCAGUUCAAGGACAGCCUGAAGACUCUGGGGCUCACCGAGAACUUCUCGUUGGAGGUUACAGGCCGCUGGGAGCUCAUUCUAAAGCAGAUCCAGGAGGGGCACAUCGACAAAGACGAGGGGAACAUCGGCAUGCAGAAGGCUGUGGAGGACCUCGUGGAGAAAGUCAAGUCCUGCCAGGCUGCUCCGCCUGCUUUGGAAGACAACGACAUCGCAGAAGCUUCAAGCUCAAUGACAUGGGCACCCACCAAGUCUGAGAAGGGCGGCACGAAAGCUUCAAGCUUUUCGACAGCAAGCAAAGGCAAAACGCCUGCUGAAAAGGAGGAGGGCAGCACAAGAGCUGCAAGCUCCUCGAGAGCAAGCAGAAGCAAAACACCUGUUGAAAAGGAGAAGGAGAAGGGCAGCAUAAAAGCCGCAAGCUCCCUGAAGGCAAGCAGGAGCAAAACGCCUCUUGCAAAGGCCUGGGGCAGGGGCGAGAAUAGUUCCGUGCUCGAGCUCUGCUUGUUCAAUGCCUCCAAGACUAACAAGUACCUUGCUGAGAAUAGAUGUCCUGCCAUCCAUCCCCUGAUUGAUUUCAGUAGUGGUAUUACUCCAAGCAUGGCCUUGCGGCAAGGAGAAGGAGAAGGGCAGCACAAAAGCCGCAAGCUCCCUGAAGGCAAGCAGGAGCAAAACGCCUCUUGCAAAGGAGAGGGGCGCCACUACAGCCCGGAGCUACUCCAGAGCGAGCAAAAAGAAGGCCGCAGCGUGACCUGA